CCGGAAUAAUUCCAGGAAAAGCGAAAUCAAUAUGUGAAUGACGUAAAUUUCUAUUGACUAGGCAGUCCGCCGGGGAGACGCAGCCGUCCAUAGCACAAAAGCCGCUUCGAGUCGAAAUUCCGCGAAUUGUGUAAAUUAUAACGAACCUCACUACACUAUAAAUAACCUUGGAUCGUGUAUCGAGUAAGUAACAAAGAACCCGUUCUGGACGCCAUAUUAAAAUCUUGCAGUCGAAUGAUCGAACUUACCAUCAUGUAAUCACAAAUUAUUCACGCGAAACUUGGUCAUCCGCAUUUAAAAACACCACUACCGUUUAUAUUAUUCUUCAGUGUACAAUUGGGUAUUCCACGUUACAAUAAAAUUGUAAAAUAUAUCUAAUAUUUGAAACAUUUUACGCGUUCACGAUGGACGCAUCGCCCUUUCCAAACAUGGCGACGGGCUCUUUCACAAUCCGCGAACGCCCAAGCGGCCGCCUGGAUCUGAGAUGCGGUCAUGCGCUUGCGCGCCAUCUCUACCGCGCAUGCUCAAACGCACAAUUAUGAAAAUUCACGAAUUUGGCGCAAAAUAACAGUGCGAAAUUAUCAUGAGCCGGUUAUCGCCCGAAAUUAACGAGAUUUUCGACGCUAACAUAACAAAUUCUUUAAAUUUUUUACGAAUAUUCACAGUCAUUGACUUUUUAACAGCAGAAUCAAAACACAUUGAACAACACACGAACUUAUCGUUUAGGGAAAUAUUGCAAAUUAAAAAUGAUUUGAUAAAAACAUUAUCUCCGAAGCCUAUAAAGGCUUCGUCUAGCUAUAAACAUUUAAUCAAAAAAUCCGCCAUCAUAUCAACCGGUAUAAAAUGCGUCGACGAUUUAUUGGAGGGUGGAUUUACCACUGGAAAAAUUUAUGAAAUUAACGGUUUGCCUGCUUCAGGUAAAACCAUAUUUUGCCUUGCAGUUGUAAAACAUGUUAUAACAAAUUUAAGCCAAAAAGUUUACUUUUUGGACAGCAAAAAUAAUUUUUCUGCAAGUCGACUUAAGGAAAUGUUAAAUAAUAAUCAUCAUACAGAAUCGCUGAAAAAUGUCUUGGUAAAACGUUUGGAGGAAAAAAUGAACUUGCUCAACAGCUUAUUUGAAAUAAAAAACGAAUUAGAAAAUGGUCUACAUGUUCGCGUGAUUAUAAUAGAUUCUUUAGCGAUAUUAUUUAUGGAUUCCAAUGAUAGCACCGUGAAAAAUAACGUUUUGACUCAUUGCGCCAACAUUAUGCAUUACAUGGCGUCUAAUUUAAAUGUUGUUUUUAUUGUUACCAAUUUGAUGACCCUGUGGCGCGAAUCUAACGGGUUUGAUACGCAUGAUAUUAUGCAAAAAAAGAUAAGUUGUGGAAAAUUCUGGCAAACAAUUCCCAAUGUUAAAUUAACUUUUGAAAAGUUUACUGAUAGCCGGGUAAAAAUAUUUGUUACUGAUAGUUUAAUUAUGCCUAAAAUUGUUGAAGCAGAAAUAUUAAUUAGUGAUGAAGGUGUUUUUUCUAUUUAAUUGUAAUAAAAUGUAUAUUUUGUAAAUACAAAUUUUUUUUCGUUUUUAAAUAUUUGUAUUAUUGUAGAUAGCCCAUAAUAGAG